UCUGCGCCCGCGCCGCUCCCGCGCCGUCUCCCCCCCCCCGGCAGUGCGGUGCUGCGCCGCGAACAUGGCGUCGGAGGGGAUGAUCCUGACGAACCACGACCACCAGAUCCGCGUCGGCGUCCUCACAGUGAGUGACAGUUGCUUCAGGAACCUUGCCGAGGAUCGUAGUGGGAUAAACCUUAAAGAUCUGGUCCAAGACCCUUCUUUGUUGGGUGGGACUAUAUCUGCAUACAAGAUAGUGCCAGACGAAAUAGAAGAAAUCAAGGAGACGCUGAUAGAUUGGUGUGAUGAGAAGGAACUUAAUUUGAUUUUAACAACGGGAGGAACAGGGUUUGCACCGCGAGAUGUCACUCCAGAGGCCACUAAAGAAGUAAUAGAGCGAGAAGCCCCGGGGAUGGCCCUGGCAAUGCUGAUGGGAUCACUUAAUGUUACACCUCUGGGCAUGCUCUCUAGGCCUGUGUGUGGAAUCAGAGGGAAAACUCUCAUAAUUAAUCUUCCAGGUAGCAAGAAAGGGUCACAGGAAUGCUUUCAGUUUAUACUGCCAGCCCUACCUCACGCCAUUGAUCUUUUGCGGGAUGCCAUUGUAAAAGUAAAGGAGGUACACGAUGAGCUUGAAGAUCUACCUUCACCACCACCUCCUCUUUCUCCUCCUCCAACCACCAGCCCUCACAAACAGACAGAAGACAAAGGAGUGCAGUGUGAGGAAGAGGAGGAAGAGAAGAAGGAUAGCGGAGUUGCCUCAACAGAGGACAGUUCUUCUUCACAUAUAACAGCAGCAGCCAUUGCAGCUAAGAAGCAUCCAUCCUAUACCAGUCCAGCUGUUAUCAUGGCUAAAGGUCAACAGCCCAUCCCUGGUCUCAUCAGUUAUUGCCAUCACACAGCAGGCAGUGCAGGAGAACUGAUUCCAGAUUCCAUCAUCUCUCGUGGUGUUCAGGUUCUCCCACGUGAUACAGCCUCCCUCAGUACUACUCCUUCAGAAUCUCCUCGUGCCCAAGCCACCUCUCGCCUCUCCACUGCAUCCUGCCCAACACCAAAACAAAUUAGACGGCCGGAUGAAAGCAAAGGAGUUGCUAGUAGAGUUGGAUCCCUCAAACUCCACUAUAGGUUGGAAGGGCUUAAAGAUGAACUGAGGAGGAAUAGAGGCUACAACUCGAGAGUGCAGUCUAGGUGCAGCAGCAAGGAGAACAUCCUCAGAGCAAGUCACAGUGCUGUUGACAUUACCAAGGUAGCAAGAAGACAUCGCAUGUCUCCAUUCCCAUUGACAUCUAUGGACAAGGCCUUCAUCACAGUUCUGGAGAUGACCCCAGUGCUUGGAACAGAAAUCAUCAAUUACAGAGAUGGAAUGGGGCGAGUCCUUGCUCAAGAUGUAUAUGCAAAAGAUAAUCUGCCACCAUUUCCAGCAUCAGUAAAAGAUGGUUACGCUGUCAGAGCUGCUGAUGGCCCAGGAGAUCGAUUCAUCAUAGGGGAAUCCCAGGCUGGUGAGCAGCCAACUCAGACUGUGAUGCCUGGUCAGGUAAUGCGAGUUACAACUGGUGCUCCAAUUCCAUGUGGUGCUGAUGCAGUGGUGCAGGUGGAAGAUACAGAGCUCAUCAGGGAAUCAGAUGAUGGCACUGAAGAACUAGAAGUUCGAAUCCUGGUGCAAGCUCGGCCAGGCCAAGAUAUCAGACCCAUAGGACAUGAUAUUAAAAGAGGUGAAUGUGUGCUGGCUAAAGGAACCCACAUGGGUCCAUCUGAGAUUGGCCUCUUAGCAACUGUUGGAGUAACUGAAGUAGAAGUUAACAAGUUUCCAGUGGUUGCAGUAAUGUCAACAGGGAAUGAGCUGCUGAAUCCUGAGGAUGACCUCUUGCCAGGCAAGAUUCGGGACAGUAACCGUUCAACUCUCCUAGCUACAAUCCAAGAGCACGGCUAUCCAACGAUCAACCUGGGAAUUGUGGGUGAUAACCCAGAUGAUUUACUGAAUGCACUGAAUGAGGGUAUCAGCCGUGCUGAUGUGAUCAUUACAUCAGGAGGUGUAUCUAUGGGGGAAAAGGACUAUCUUAAACAGGUGCUGGAUAUUGAUCUUCACGCACAGAUUCACUUUGGCAGAGUUUUUAUGAAACCUGGCCUGCCAACAACUUUUGCAACUCUGGAUAUUGAUGGCGUAAGAAAAAUAAUCUUUGCGCUUCCAGGCAAUCCUGUGUCAGCUGUUGUCACCUGCAAUCUCUUUGUUGUUCCUGCGCUGAGGAAAAUGCAGGGCAUCCUGGAUCCUCGGCCCACCAUCAUCAAAGCCAGGUUAUCAUGUGAUGUAAAAUUGGACCCCCGCCCAGAAUAUCACCGGUGCAUUCUGACUUGGCAUCACCAAGAACCACUACCUUGGGCACAGAGUACAGGGAAUCAGAUGAGCAGUCGUCUGAUGAGUAUGCGCAGUGCCAAUGGACUGUUGAUGCUACCUCCAAAGACAGAGCAGUAUGUGGAGCUUCACAAGGGGGAGGUGGUGGAUGUCAUGGUCAUUGGAAGGCUAUGAUGUCACCAGCAAGAAUGAAGCUUUGAUGCAUGUCCACAUAUCAUUGACUGUAUCCUGUAAUAUGCAACGGCACAGCUAGUUUUUCCGAUUUGGAUAAAAGUUGAUCAGUAUAGUCAACAUCUUGAAAUAUAUUUCAAAUGGAAUUUAAAUAAAUACCUUUUAAAAAAAAACUUUAAAACAAAUCUUAACAAAGAAAUUUAUUCUGAUUAUAUCAAAGCAACUUUUUCCUUUUCUUGCAAUUGCUUUGUGUGUUCAAUGCUAGUUCCAAUAGCGGUAGCUUUUAGUAGACAGCAGUAGGUGCCUGCAGAACUUGUGUUUUUUCUCAUCUUUAAGAUACAACUACUUACGCUCUUAAAACAAGGCUGUCUGCUUAUUUAUACUAGCGUAGACAACACUUGGAUUUCCCUUAUUAGUAUGCUUCAUAACCGCUUCACAGAGAGCUUCUGCUUGUUCUUUAUCUUGUAUCUCGUGUUGAUGUGCACAGUGCCAAAAGCAGAGUGGCUGCGCUGGGAACCCAAUGAAGCCCCGAGGUUCUCCCACCUCGCCGCGCAUUCAGGGAUGUCUCUUGUCCCGGCAGCCACCCAGCUCAGUACUCUUGGGCAGUAACUGGAUACCUUUUAUUUCAACAAACAAAAAAAUUGCUUCCUUAAGUGCUGACAGCCUUUUUAACCAAUACAUUUAAAAAUGUACAGAACUAAAAACUAAAAAAAUCAAAGACUGAUCUUGUACAGAUAUUAGUGUUACCAGCAUUCGUGUGGAAAUUAAAUGAGCAAAGAAAUAAAACUAAUGUUAAACAACUCUGUACCAUAACAUUUUCUGUAAUGAUAUUGAAACUUAAAUGAAUAAAAAAUCCUCAAUCAUUAUUUAAAA